UGUGAAAUCGACCCACAUAUUUUGGAAACACCCAACUAUUCGAAACUUUUGGAGAGGCCACGAAAAGGUGACGCGUACAUCUUCAGAGAUAUGAGUGUUUUCAAAUUCCCUGGUGAUGGUAACGUUGUAUUUCAAUGUUCAAUUUCGUUAUGCGACAUGGAAAGUGGCGCUGCGUGCACUUCAAUGAUUCCACCUAACUGUGCGGGUGGUGCUGAAGCUGCUGAGAAUCGUGUUCCACGAUCCGCACCGCAGAUACGAGAAGGCUUUUCGUUGACGGUCAAUGUGGAGACUCGAACGCUGAACGUUAUCGAGAACGAGUCGAUCCGUCCGCCGACUCCAGCCAAAUAUUGCGAUAUACGAUAG